CCCCGAGAAUUCUCAGAGGUCGACGCCUCCCAAUUUGGCUUCUCAGCGCUUUGAAUUCCCCCCAGAAAUCUCUUGAAUUCCGCAUCCCUCCGGUCUCGAUUUCGUAUGCUGUCGAUCGCGCAUUCGAGGUUUCGGGUCUCUCGGUCUGAUUUUGGCGGCGAGGUGGAGAAGACGAAGAUGAGCUCGAAACCCUCUCUGAAGAUCCGAGUCGUCGCGAAAAUCAGAGGCCAUGCGGAUCGAGAGACCAAACGUUGGAUCUCUGUCCACAAGCCUAGCGGAGAGGACUCGGAGACUGUCGCCUUGUCUUUUGACGCUCAAUCUGCUAGUAAAAAAGAAUCCCAUCAAGUGCACUACUGCUACGAGCCUAAUGAAGACAAUGAUAAGAUAUACAUCAGAGAGAUCAAGCCUUUUAUAUCAGAAGUUUUUGAUGGUCAUAAUUUCACUACCAUUGCUUAUGGGGCUAGAGGCAGCGGAAAGACAUGCUUAAUUCAGGGCUCGGGGGAGAGCCCAGGCUUGACUGCACUAGCGAUUGAAGACAUUACUGAAAAAGCUGAAAGAUUGGAGAGACUAGUUACAAUAUCAUUCUAUGAGAUUUACCAAGAGCAGGUCUAUGAUCUGCUGAAAUCAGAAAGGGCAGCUGUUUCAAUACUUGAAGAUGCCCAAGGAAAAAUAAAAUUGAAGGGACUUUCUCAGGUUCCCAUAAAGACUGGCGCAGAAUUUCGCAAGCUUUAUUUUGGCGGUUGCAAUUCCAACAGAACACUCAACAAGACGGCUUAUGAACUUCCUAAAAGAAGCCAUAGGGGCUUAAUUAUUCACGUCACAUCUCUUGUUGAAAACACAGAUGCACCUCUUGUUGGCAAACUGAAUUUUGUUGACUUGACAGGUUAUGAGGACCCUCGCAGGAAAAGUAACGACGGCCUUAGCUUUGUGGAGAAGAGUAAAAUUAACAAGUCACUAUAUGCGCUACAAAAUGUUCUUCAUGCUUUGAAUGCUAAUGAAAAUCAUGUUCCUUUCCGGGAAAGCAAAGUCACUCGCCUGUUGCAAGAUUCACUUGGAGGCUUAAAUAAUAGGCUCACAGUCAUAGCUUGCUUGAACCCAUUAUUUUGCCAAGAUUCCAUUUACAUUACCAGUUUAGCUUCUCGGAUUUGUCAAGGAAGUCAUCAGAUUGCAAUGGAAUCUGCAAAGAAGGGCAAAACUUUUGAAAAACCAGUAGUGAUAUCCUCAUCUAAGGUUAGAAUCUCACAAAGUGCUUCUGGAAAGCAAAUCAGGUCUCGGGUUGGUCUUCUUCGAAAGAAUGCCAGUUGUAAAUCAAUCAUGAAGGGAAAGAAACUAUUUGGCGAGACAAAUGACAUGAAUAAUGAUGUGAAGGCUAGCUCAAACACAGCUGUUGCUUCAACCGUUGAAGCUGGAGCACAAGAAGAGGAAACUUCUGUAUCUGCCGAUGCUUCAUCUUUUGAAUCUUUGAUGCAUGGAGAUGAAAAGUCCGGCUUCAGUGUUACCAAGAGUAUGGUCUCAUCAGAGAAGCAAAUUUCCUCUACGGUGUUGCAACAUACCUUGGAAAACACUGAACCACAAAACGGGGAUGUUUCUCAUCACUGCGAAGAAAAUCAAGAGGAGGUUAGCUCUAAUCUCAGUUGUAGAGAGGAAGCAUUGCCUCUUCCAAAUAGAGAUGCAGGUAGUAUGGGUAAGGAAAAUUGGAAAUUUUUCGUCAAUGAAGGUGGAUCGCCACCAUUAACUGCCAGAUUGCAGGAGCUAUCAAACAGCUUGAAGCUAUUGUAUUCCUCAACUCCAUGCGUGAAGAUGCCAAAUGAGAAUGUGGAAGCUCUGGAGCCAAAAACUCCAAUAAUUGACUCAAAUGUCCAAGGAAAUGAGGGAAAAAACAUUGCUAACACAAAUAGUCCUUGGGCUGCUUCUAGGACAUGCUACCCGGCAACAAAGAAUUCCCUCAUUCAAGAAUAUCUAAGGAUUUUCAACAGUGCUAGCAAGGAAGAGUUGAAGGGACUAAGGGGAAUCGGGGAGAAGAGAGCUACCUCCAUUCUUCAACUUCGCGAAAAAUCUCUGGAGCCAUUUAAGAGUCUUGACGAUCUUGGUAGUGUUGGACUUUCAGCAAAGCAGGUGAAGAAGAUGCUGGCAAUAAAGUAGAGUGCACCGACCAUUCCUUGUGUGCAAGAUAAAUCUUCUAUUGGCGACAAGUGUUGCCUCAAAACCGGGUUUAUCCGUGCGGAGCUUGUUGUGUGAUAUGUAUUGUAGCAUGUCCUCAUGCGAUCAUGGUGAUGAUUCAGGAUGUAAGGGGAAAGACAACUCAUGGUGUUGUGUUGUUGUGU